CGCACGCUAUAUAUAACCCAUUACCCAGAAUCCUCUCUUCCUCUUCGCCAUCUUUGCCGGCGCCAUGAAGGUCGAGCUGUGCAGCUUCAGUGGAUACAAGAUCUACCCCGGACACGGGCGACGUUAUGCCAGGACAGACGGGAAGGUUUUCCAGUUCCUCAAUGCAAAAUGCGAGUCUGCAUUCCUUUCAAAGAGGAAUCCACGACAAAUAAAUUGGACUGUUCUGUACAGGCGAAAACACAAGAAAGGCCAGUCUGAAGAGAUCCAGAAAAAGCGAUCUCGUCGUGCAGUCAAGUUCCAGAGGGCUAUAACCGGUGCAUCUCUGGCCGACAUUAUGGCCAAGAGAAACCAGAAGCCAGAGGUUCGAAAAGCUCAACGUGAACAGGCAAUCAGGGCUGCAAAGGAAGCUAAAAAAGCUAAGCAGGCAACAAAAAAGACCGUCCCUUCCAAGGCACCAUCAAAAACUGCACCCAAGCAAAAGAUUGCCAAGCCUGUUAAGAUGCAGGCUCCUCGUGUUGGUGGAAAACGCUAAGUGAUUCAAUUUGUACCAUCUAAUAAAUCACUAUUUUGAAAA